AUGAAGUUGUUUUCUUCCGUUUCUCUUUUUUAUGCCUUAUUCUCCAUUUUAGCUUACAGCUCUAUUCCUUCUCUUGCAGCUCCUCUAACCGAGCGUUCUGAUAUCAAACAGAAUGAAGAGUUUUCUGUAAUGAGCCUCCGCUCAGGUAACAUUAACGUUCAUUUCCAUUCCUUUUAUGUUGGUGACAACAAUAACGUCUAUCUCGAUCCUUAUGAUAAUGGAAAUCAAGCGGCCAAAUUCACUUUAGCAGAUACUUAUUUACUACAUGAAGGAUUUUCUGCUCACCUUGGCGAUAAUGGUGCGUUAUAUUUUCAACGUAAUGAUGAGGGUUCUGUUCCUGGAUUUGCUUUUGGAGAACGCAUUGCUUCUGGCUAUGCUCUAGUUCUUAAUGGACAAAGCCCCGUAGCUUGUCCUAUCGAAGAGAAUUCCUCUGUUUACUCUGUCUUUUUUGGUAAGGGAAAUGGUAAUAGUAACUGUGUUGGCUUUACAGCCCUUGCACUUCCAAAUAAUCCUGCUUCUUCUUCUUCUUCUUCUUCUACUGCAGCCCCUUCCAAUGCUAAAAAGGCGAAAAAAGCUAAUGGAAAAGAUGUAAAAGAAGCCAAUGACGGACCUCCCAUUUAUCCUAGUGCCGUUCGUUUUUUCAACUCUUCUUGUCCAAACACUAAUUAUGGCGCAGUAUUAUCUCCUAUUGUUUAUCAAAAGCAAGAUGAUCGCGUCAAUCCCAUUUUUAGUUUUGAUUCUCCUCGGAUUGACGAAAAUGACUGUCAACUUCACUUUCAUAUUGAUAAAAAACUUGAUGGCCCCAAUGGCAUUGGAGAAUUCAUGCUCUAG